CGGGGUUAUUUGCGAUGUAGGUGGUAGCCCGGUUAUCACAAAACAUUUUCACAUGUAUAAAAGUAGAAAUACUAAGGCUCUCAAGUAAGGGUCUAGACCAAGUCAUUUCGGCAGUAGUUUGAGCUAUAGCGUGAUACUCUAACUUUUCACUAGACCUAGAAACAACAUUUUAUUUUUUACUCCUCCAAGAUAUGAGAUUUCCUUCCAAAAACACACAAGACUCCAUGUUAGACUUCCUGUCAUCAACUAAGCCCGCAUAAUCUGCAUCAUUAUAAGCUUCAACAUCAAGAGAUGUACUUUUUUUGAAGAAAAGGCCUUUAAAUACUUGACAAUCAUCAUAGCCGCAUCCCAAUGUCUUUUUUAGUCUUUCCAUGAAUUGGCUUAGUUUUCCCAUGACAAAGCUAAUAUCUGACCGAGUCACGGUUACAUAAAGAAGCUUAGCAAUCAAUGAUCUGUAGGAUUGUGAAGGCAUUUCUUCGGAGUCGCCUUCAUAUAGAUGUAGCUGUGGGUUCAUAGGAAGAGUUCCAGGUUUCGCUCUUAACAUCCCUAUGUCCUGUAAAAAAUCAAGAACAUACUUCCUUUGUGAUAACACCAUAUCUUCAUUACUACGAGCAACUUCAAUGUCAAGGAAAUAUCAUAGCUGGCCAAGAUCAUUAGUAACAAAGUGUUUUUGUAGAAAUUCCUUUGUUAGUGAUACCUCUUGCUCACAUUUACCUGUCAAAAUAGUAUCAUCAACAUACACCACUAGCACAACUGUACCUCUAGAUCCUUUCUUGAUGAACAACAAAUGGUUUAGCUGAAGCCUGAGACCUCUUAAAGCCACACUCUAGCACAACUUUGGACAAUUUGUGAAAUCAAGGACGAGGACUUUGUUUCAAGCCAUAUAUAGCUUUCUUCAACCAGCACACCUUACCUCACUCCCCCCGACGUUCAAAGUGUUGAGAAAAAGUUAUGUUUUGAGGUGUUCUGUAUUUUGGACUUUAUUAUUAGGCAGUUUUUUGAAUUUUUCAAUACUUGUUGGACUCUUUAUGUAAAGGGUUAAACAUAACCCUAAUCAGUCUUUUUAUUAUAUUGGAAGUGUGGGAGCCGUAAUAGAUUAACGAGCUCUCUUCUCUCUCUCGUCUCUUCUCUCUCGUUCUCUCUUCUCUCACGUUCUCUCUUCGCUAUCUUCUCUCAACCAUUUCUCUCCUCUCCGUCUUCAUUCUUACUGAUUGGACAUUGAAGAUCAACAUGGUAUCAGAGUGGACAGUCUUGGGGACCCUGCUGAAGCUGUUUUAAACCAGCAAGUUCCUUCGUUCUCCUAUUCUUCAUCGACCUCUAGGUGCUGUCUAUCUCUCUUGACUGAAAAAAAAAGGUAUUUCUUAGCUUGUCGAGGGUUAGGGUUUUGAUCAUAAAUAUGUAAAUCUAUAGACGUGAUCAGAAACCCUAACCCAUGUCGAUUGCGGUGGGUGGUAGAACCUCUAGCAUGUGUAGACAGUUUUUUUUUUUGUUGCUUGAAGAUAAACAUAUGAGUUAAUUUUUGCUGCAAAUGUUUGCCUGUCGUGGAAUUCCAAAGCUUGACGUGAUGUUGCAAGUCAGAAAAUUAGUUCUUUGGUGUUUGGUUGCUGUCGCAGUGGGAUUCUGUCUCUUUUCUUUUGUGUAUAGUUUCUGUUGCAGUGGAAUUCUGGUGUGGUGUUGCAGAAAAAAAAAGGGGGGACAGAAUUAAGAAUAAGAUUCAACCAUGGAAUAGGAGUGGAUAUUCUUCUUUGGGGUAGAUUAUCUUCACAUCGUAUUAAGUAAGAUUCAAUCUGCUGUGGUCUUCUAUAUUUGUUUAUCUUCAAGGAUCUAUCAUGGCUGCCAAUAAGUCUCUACAACAUGAAUCUGAAAAUCAGCAAGCUGAGGCUAGUAUAAAGUACAAGGCAUUCUCGAAUCCUUUUUCUUUUGGAUCUACUAUCAAACUCGAUGGAUCUAAUUAUGAUGUUUGGGCCAGAACUUUCAUGCUAUCAGUCGUUGGGCAUGAAAAGAAAUAUAUAUUAGAAGAAGAUGAACCAACAGAAAAAGUUGGCAAGUAUGCACGGUGGGAGGAAGAAAACAACAUAAUUAGUUCUUGGCUUAUGAAUAGCACUCAGCCUCAUAUAGCUGCUGGGCUCUGCUAUUAUAAUACAACUAAAGAUAUGUGGAAUUCUCUCCGGCAGACAUACUCUCAAGACAAGAACAUCAGCAAAAUUCUAUAAGUUCAACAAAAACUGUUACAAAUGCAGCAAGGUGACAUGGAUUUAACCGAAUACUUUACGAAAUUGAAGUUUACUUAUGAAAAGAUGAACUCUUUAAAACCUCCCUGCAAGCAUUGUCUUAAAUCUCACAUGGAGCAAAUGAUAGUGGUUAAAUUUCUAGCUGGACUAUCAUCAGAUUAUUCUGCAGCCAAAGCACAAAUGCUUACAGGGUCAGAUUUUCCUGAUCUUGAUGAGGCCUUCAACAGGUUAAAUAGAUUGGUUGUUAUUCUUCCUCCAUCUACAAAUAAUUCACAACCAUCUGCACUUGCCUCAUUUGGAGGAGGACGAAAUGCACAAUACUCUUCUCGUGGUAGAGGAAGAGGCCGUGGUCUAGGAGGACGGGGAAGACUCCAAUGCACUUAUUGUGGUCGUCUUGGUCACUUAGAGGACAGGUGCUGGAACAAAGUGGGUAAACCGAACACAUCUGCGUCCACGACUGUGACAUCCUCAUCCAUUCCAGCUCCAAACUCACAGUCCACUAGUAUGGUUCCUAAGGUGAAUCCCACUACUGCUUCGGUAGAUGCCACUUCUCUCAAGUUAACUCCGGCUGAACUUGACUUAAUUAUGGUGCAUCGAUCAAAUACUGCACCUUCCACCUCAUCGACUUCUCCUGCUAUCACAAAUUCAACAUUUUCUGCAGGACCUAUCGACUGGGAGGAAGAUUGGUGGAGGCCAUGAGAGAGAUGGAAUCUACUUUCUGGAUAUAUCCGUUAAAGAGACGUCUCUUUUAGUUGAUUCACCUUCAAGUGCAUUCCAAUGGCAUCUCAGACUUGGUCAUCCAUCUUUUCCUAAACUUCGACAGCUAUGUCCUCAGAUUUCUCCUUCAGCCUCCAUCGAGUGUGAAGCUUGUCAAUUAGGCAAGCAUAGUCGUACAUCUUUUCCUUCGAGUCAAAGUCAGUCUAGCCAAAAUCUAUUUGAUUUGGUUCAUGUUGAUGUAUGGGGACCUAGUCGGGUUCCGAGUCGGUUGUCGUCUCGUUAUUAUCUAUCCAUUGUUGAUGAUUUUUCUCGAGUCUAUUGGGUGUUUUUGAUGAAAGACAGAUCUGAAGCGUCUUGUAUCUUGAAAUCUUUCAUCUUGGAAAUAAAAACUCAAUUUAAUUCUUGUGUUAAGGUUGUUCGCACUGACAAUGCUCUCGAGUUUAAAUCUACUUCCCUACUUGAAUUCUACAAAUCACAUGGUAUUGUGCCACAAUUUACAUGCCCUCACACAUCUCAACAAAAUGGUGUAGUUGAAAGAAAACACCGACAUUUGUUGGAGGUAGCCCGCACUAUCAUGAUUCAUUCUCAUAUGCCUACCAAAUUUUGGGGAGAUGCAAUUUUAACUGCAUGUUACCUAAUAAAUAGAAUGCCAUCUUCUUCAAUAGACAACAAGAUACCAAUUCAAAUCCUUUACCCAAAUAAGGCCUUGUUCUCUUUACCUCCACGUGUAUUUGGAUGCACAUGUUUUGUACAUUGACUUGGACUGAAUCGAGAUAAAUUAGCUGCACAAGCAACUAAAUGUGUAUUUGUGGGAUACUCUCGAAAUCAAAAGGGGUACCGAUGCUUCGAUCCUAUAUCUAAUCGAAAGUUUGUCAGUGCUGAUGUAACCUCCCACGAGUCUUCUCUAUUCUUUGCUGCCAGCCCUUCACAUUCUCAGUCAGAGAUGCCAUCGUCUGUUCCACUUCCCAUUCCUCCCAUUCCACUUGAGUCCAUUCCGUUUAUAUCAUCUCCUACUUGUCCCAAUUCCUCUAUUCCACGGUUUAAAGACCCUCCUCUUAUGUAUUUAAGAAGGAAUCCAUCAUCUAAUGACUUU